AUGACCAACAGCAAAGAAGAACCCCGGAAACAUCAAACAAUCUCUCCAAUCAACCAAAUGAAUCAGCGACCGUGUCCUGUUCUACUGCUUCUAGAACACAAUCUACUAACUAUUCUUUUGUCCGAAAGAUCAGAGGAUGCAGCAAACACUGAAAAUGACCAACAGCAAAGAAGAACCCCGGAAACAUCAAACAAUCUCUCCAAUCAACCAAAUGAAUCAGCGACCGUGUCCUGUUCUACUGCUUCUAGAACACAAUCUACUCAUUACACUGAAUCUAUCAAUACUGCUGGCGUCUCGUCUUUCCAAUCUACAAGCGCUACUACUUCGACUCCUAUAAGAAGCGGGCAGAAUGUUCUAAACCAUUUUAGGACAUUAUUUAGUCCGUACGCGCGACCAUCUCCACUGUGUUCGAAUAGAGGCAGCACACAUGCGUCUUCAGUUUCUGCACGAGGUCUGUCACGAAGGCCUGCAGUGAGAACGAAAAAGCCCAGAUAUGAAAGUUGGACACACAAGAUGUUUUGCUUGUCAAGAGCGUCAGAAGAACAAGUGCCAAAUCGUGAGGAAAAAGAACUCCUUCAGCGUGCUGGGUUAGGACGACUCAAAAUAAAAUUUAAUGCGACAGGAAGCAUGCAAACAUUUAAAGAAGAGCUGGAGAACACAUUUCCUAAACUUAUGUGUGGUGGGGGGUUUGAAUUACUGAAGCGCCUUCCUGGAAACAAUCUUGAAGUAAUCCCGCCCCCAGCUAUAGGGUAUAGUGUUGAGCAUUUAAAAAAAUGUGGAAAUAAGACCAAUCCAAUCUGA